ACCAAGACCUAGUAGUGGUCCUCAGCACCAGGCAAUCUUUGCCCAUUCCAUUCUUCUCUCAAAUCUCAGCGCCCUCCCUUUUCUCGUGUAGACUGCGCACACAGCCUAAAACCCCUCCUCGUCUCUCUCUCUCUUCAGGCAUUAGUUUCGCUCUCUCGCUCUCUCGUUGCGCCAUUUUGGGGGAUUGAUUGUUCUUCGUUCGUUACUCAGAUCGUUGGUGCUGAGUCUCGCACAAACUGUAAGUCUCUUAAGUAAGUCGAUGCUUGCAAAUUGUGACUCUGAUUCUCUUUGUGAAGAGAGGAAAAAUUAAUCAUGGCUUCAAGAUCAAUUCUACGGAGAAGGAAGUUUGUCUCUGAUUACCUUAAUGUCUCUGCACGCUCAAUUCGAAGUUUUCAAAGUCUUGGUCAUGGACAAUCCAAUCAGUAUGUGGAUUCUCGUGGUUUGAGCUCUGGUGCAAAUCAUCCUUCUGGAGAUAUUUUUUGCAUAAAGGAUGGGGAUGCAGGUUCAGCUGUGAAUGAGGAUUUACUAAAAUUUUCGGCAUUGGGAAUCUUUAAGCAUAGAUGCUAUGGAGUUACGGCAUCCGGUCAUGUGAAUGGAAGAUCACAAUUUAUUCUCCCCAUGGGGAUGAGGUUGAUGCCGCAAUCUAUACAUUAUGCUUCGACAGCCACGGCAGGUAAGCCUGACUUGGGUAGCGAUGAUGAAGAUAAGGAGGAACUAGUUGCUGAAAAGAGAAAAGAAGCAUCUCCGGAGGAAUGUGAUCAAGCUGUUGAAGGUCUGAGUACUGCAAAGGCCAAAGCUAAAGCCAAACGAUUGCAAGAAUCUGAAAAGGUUGCUAAGUCUGCUUUACAAAGAGUAUGGGCCACACUCCUGGGGAUUGGUCCAGCUUUGAGAGCUGUUGCUUCGAUGAGCAGGGAAGAUUGGGCAAAGAAGCUAAGUCAUUGGAAAAAUGAAUUUAUAUCAACACUGCAACAUUAUUGGUUGGGUUGUAAGCUACUGUGGGUUGACGUGAGGAUCAGUUCAAGGUUGCUGCUUAAACUUGCUGGUGGGAAGAGUCUCACCAGGAGGGAGAGGCAACAGCUAACCCGAACCACAGCUGAUAUUUUUAGACUAGUUCCAUUUGCUGUUUUUAUCAUUGUCCCAUUCAUGGAAUUCUUGCUCCCAGUUUUCUUGGCGGUAUUUCCCAACAUGUUACCAUCAACAUUUCAAGAUAAAAUGAAAGAACAGGAAGCAUUGAAAAGGAGGCUAAAUGCAAGAAUAGAAUAUGCAAAAUUUCUCCAGGGGACUGUUAAAGAAAUGGCGAAGGAAGUCCAAAGCUCACGGAGUGGAGAAACUAAGAAAACAGCUGAAGAUCUCGAUGAAUUUUUGACCAAGGUUAGAAGAGGUGCUGGUGUCUCUAAUGAGGAAAUUUUGAGCUUUGCUAAGUUGUUCAACGAUGAACUCACACUGGAUAAUAUUAGCAGGCCUCGGUUAGUGAACAUGUGCAAGUAUAUGGGAAUUAAUCCUUAUGGAACAGAUGCAUAUUUGCGGUUUAUGCUUCGAAAAAGAUUGCAAUGGAUAAAGAACGAUGAUAAAAUGAUACAAGCGGAGGGUUUGGAGUCUCUUUCAGAAGCUGAACUUCGUGAAGAUUGUAGAGAGCGAGGCAUGCUUGGUUUACUUUCAGUUGAGGAAAUGCGCCAACAGCUUCGUGAUUGGUUGGAUUUAUCUCUCAAUCACUCAGUACCAUCUUCACUUUUGAUCCUCUCCAGAGCCUUCACUGUUUCUGGAAAGUUAAAGCCGGAGGAAAUUGUUGGGGCUACAUUGUCUUCACUUCCAGAUGAGGUUGUCGAUACUGUUGGUGUCGUAGCCUUGCCAUCUGAAGAUUCUGUUUCAAAAAGGAGAAGGAAAUUGGAGUUCCUUGAAAUGCAAGAAGAACUCAUCAAGGAGGAACAAGAGAAAGAAGAAGAGGAGCACGCUAAGAAGAAGGAAUCUGCUGUUGGCGAAGAGGAUGUGGCUUUGAAAGAAAUGGUCAUUCCGACAGCAAGAGAAGCACAAGAUCAAGCUAGAGAAAGAACUCUGGAAAAACAAGAGCAUCUUUGCGAACUCAGUCGAGCUUUGGCUGUUUUAGCUUCUGCAUCUUCAGUCAGUAGAGAACGUGAAGAGUUCCUGAGGCUAGUAAACAAAGAGAUAGAACUCUACAAUAGCAUGGUAGAUAAAGAAGGUACAGACGAAGUAGAGGCCAUGAAGGCAUAUAAAGCUGCACGGGAGGAAAGUGACCAGGCUUCGGACUUUGCCGUACAUGAUGAUGAGGUUUCAUCAGCACUCGUAGAUAGGGUUGAUGCUAUGCUUCAAAAGCUCGAAAAGGAAAUUGAUGAUGUAGAUGCUAAAAUUGGUGAUCGGUGGCGGCUACUUGACAGAGAUUAUGAUGGCAAAGUAACUCCCGAGGAGGUGGCAGCUGCGGCUACAUACUUGAAGGAUACUUUAGGCAAGGAUGGGAUCCAAGAACUCAUCAGCAACCUUUCCAAAGAUCCAGAAGGGAAGAUCCUUGUUGAAGACAUUGUUCGAUUGGGUAGUCGAGCAGAAGAUGGCAGUACGGCUGAAGUCGAGGGGAGGUAGAGGAUAACAGUAUUCCCGUUUUGUCUGGCAUUCAAUAUCUAGAUGGCACUACCCAGGUGAUAACUCUCCCUAGUGAUAUAUAGAGAAGUGUAAUUCUUUCUAUCAGCCUAAUGAAAACAAUGUGUUUUCUAGUGCUGUAAAAAAUAGUUGAUAGGCCAAAACACAUACUAUGUAAACGCACCAGUGCCUAGUGUACAGAAGACAUAAGAAACGAUUUUCCAAACAUUAUAUUCUAUGCUUCAUACCAAGAUAAUGCGGUUCAUCUUAUGUGCCAAAAUUAUUUGAAAUCUGAAUUUAAAAUA